AUGAACUACUUGGAAGAGGAAGACUUUGCACUUGUCAAUAAUAAAGCAACCCACACUUACUUCUGUGAUAACGGUGCAAGCACAGUUGACCUCAUAUUUGUGAACUCCAAACCUAAACCACUAGAACAACUCGAGCUAAGGAGGAAGGCAGACGUAUCAGCACUGGGCAGUCUCGACACCAGUGCAAUAACAUUGCUGCAAGGAGAGAAUGUCAAUGAAGGAGCAUCAUGGAUAGAAGGACUCAUCCUAAAGUCAACUCACACAGUAGACAUCGCAAAACGGAAAGCUAAAUCGUGGGACCCUACGCAGGAGAUUGUACUUUUUACAGAAGAAGAAAUAAUCCAUAGAAUUAUGAGCACGAAGAACAAUAAACUAUGUGACCCAGACAACAUCUAUAGCGAGCACCUGAAAACUACGUUCCCUGUACUAGUGGUUCCCCUCACAGCGCUCCUCAAUGAGUGCCUGAAACGAGGAAUUGUACCAGAUCGGUGGAAAUAUUCGAAAGUGAUAAUACUGUACAUGGGAAAAGGUAACACGGCUGACCCAAACGCGUACAGGGGAACUGCUCUAGAGAACACUCUAUUCAAGAUCUUUACAACACUACUGUGCAAGCGUCUUAGAGAUAUCCUCGAUGAGAAACUCCCCGAUUCACAGUUUGGUUUCAGAUGUGGGAGAUCAGUGGCACAAGCUGUACACUGUCUCCAAACCGAUACAAAAAUGGCCGUAGCGAACCGAGGGGGAAAGCUUCAUGCAAUUUUCGUAGACUUCACCAAGGCGUUCGACACAAUCAACAGAUCCAUUCUAAUGAAGAAACUGGAAACCUCCUUAGUUCCAAGACAUUACCUGUUGCCAGUCAUUAGAGACCUCCAUUACUUUCUUUACAGACUGUUGAAACCAUAA